AUGCUACUAGCAAGCCGAGCAAGCCCACCGAAACAAUUGCAAGUCCCAACCCAAUCCAGAAACACUGCAGCAUUGAAGGAAUUCCUUUUGCAUAGUCCAUUACCCUCUCCAGCUCUUCCAUCUAUCUUGCCUCGACAUGGCAAGAAACCGCCAGCCCUCAACACCCGCCGGACCUUACGAUACAUCAGCUGGCUCUUCAUCGUGACGACGACGAUUUACCUUGUCCUUUUUAUUCGCAGCUUACGAGUCAAUCUACCCAGUGAUGCUCUAGAGAAAGUCUACCAACACACUAAUGGUCAUGCAUAUGAAAUUGUGGAAGACUCUCAGCUACCUGACUAUGCUUCACCGCUUGCAGUGACAGAUAGUAGUGGCUCCUCGAGAUGGACCAUCCACAUUCCUUCGAACCGUGGUUUCCCUCUCCAGUCGCAAGAAUACUCAGAAAUCUGUAGUCAUAUUGACGAUGUCGCUCGCCAUGUGGCUAUUGCUCAAGGUCAAGAAGAGGAUGCCAAUAGCAAACGAGGCUACUACGACGCAGAUCCAAAUUAUGUUGAUGUCGCAGAAGCUCAACUGAACGACUUGAUCCCGUUCGACCCAAACUUCGUACCCACGAAACCUGGUCAGCUUCCAGUCUGUAAGUCCAGCCUGAUCUACAUCCUCGAUGCCAGCGAUGCUGGCUUGGGUGGCAGCUUACUUGGCCUCUGGCUCUCCUAUGGUCUGGCUCAACGAGAAAAGAGGUCGUUCUUCAUCGACGAUAGUCAUUUUGCGUAUGGCCGAUACUCAAGUCUCUUUGAGCCACCUUCACGACCGAACUGCCGACCUGCUCCCCCAACCCAUCGUGUGCCGUGUCCGAGAAUGAGCCAACACCUGGUUGUGACUGCUAGCACUUGGAGCUCGACUUUUGGAAACACAUUUCAUAAGAAGUUCAAUGAUAAGGAAGUCUUCGAAUUAAUGCGAGUCGGUUACGAAGGACUUUUCAAGCUACUACCAGAUGACCAAUUAUAUGUUGCCCAACGUGUGACGGAGCUCAGGACAAUCCUUGGAGAAGAGACGCUAUUAGCAGGCAUGCACAUCAGAAGAGGAGACAAGCACCCAGAAGAAUUUCAAUACCAAUGGGGAUACGUUCCGUUCGCAAAAUACCUCGAGGCUCUGACCGAGCUUGUCAGCGACACGAGCUCCUUUUCUCUCACUACUCUCGAGCAGCCAAAGCACAGCCGGAAACUGAUCUUCGUCCUAGCGAGCGACGACGAAGCUGUAUACCACGACCCAGAACUCCAGAACUCAACCAUCCGUGCCCAAGAACGUAUCGAUCUAGCCCACAACAACCAACUCUCAAACCCACUCAACGAAGGCUGGGAACGAGGCUUCUACAGCUCAGCAUUCUGGGGUCUAGGCCUUCCUCGACAGGCACGAACUCAGCAAUUCAAUCUCGCAGAAUCGCCAUCGCCUACGAAGGACACCAAAUACGAGCAGCGUGUCCUUGGCAUUUCUGCGGCGAAUGGAGAAGAGUACGACCCGCACAGAGACUACCGGUCCAACCCGACCGCAGCAUCAUUGCGCCUGCGUAAUCACAUUGGGAGGUCCUAUUUACUGGACCUGGCGGUCCUGGCGCAGAGUGACAGACUGGUUUGUACGGCGAGUAGUCGUGGUUGUCGGAUAUUGGGCGUUAUGAUGGGGUGGGAGAAAGUGCAAAAAGGUUGGUGGAGGAACAUCGAUCGAGCCGGUGAGGUGAGCUGGAGAGCUCAAUUAUGA